UCAAGUGGUUAAAACUUAAAAUACUUUAGAUUGAAGGACUAUUAUUCAAAAUUUUCUGGAAUUUAUUUUAAAGAUAUAUAGUUCAUUAUCCUAUUAAUAUUGUUUUUAAUCUGGUGGAAUCCUAGUGUCAUUAUUUAAGUCAAAAGUAUCCCACUUCCAUUAAAUUAUAAAAGAAGAUGAUAAAAGGAAACAGAAAUAAAAACUAGUUUAAUUAGAGCCACAUGUCGAAAUGACAACAAUUCUACGCAACUAUAAAUACAGAACUCUAUCCUACAAAAGUCCCAACCAAUAAUACCACAUUAAAAAAAAUCGUUCCUCUCUGUUGUUUUAUUAUUUGAAAAAAUCGUUUUGCCUCCAAAAGACUUGAAAGCUCUGAGCUCUGUCUCUUUGUCUCAUUAUCUCUACACGGCCCAAAAUUCAUUUUACUCGUCUGAAGAACCAUGUGUGAUAUAACACCAUCUUCUUCAUCUUCCUUACUAUCUUCUAAAGACAAAACACAUUUCUCAAAACUCGAAACAUGCGACUCAAACUAUCCCCAAUAUUCUGAAUUCACCGAUAACGAUUCUCUAAACCGUAAUAGAUGGCCAACUUUUCUUGAGGGCUUGGAGGAAGUGAAGGCAAUCGGAAGAAUCUCUGGGCCAACGGCAAUGACCGGACUUCUAAUGUACUCAAGAGCAAUGAUAUCGAUGUUGUUCCUCGGCUACCUUGGCGAGCUUGAGUUAGCUGGAGGAUCUCUCUCCAUCGGCUUUGCUAAUAUCACCGGCUACUCCGUCAUCUCCGGCUUGUCCAUGGGGAUGGAACCAAUCUGCGGCCAAGCUUACGGUGCUAAACAAAUGAAGCUUUUAGGACUAACCCUUCAAAGAACCGUCCUCCUCCUCCUCUCAUGUUCGGUCCCCAUCUCCUUCUCUUGGCUCAAUAUGAGACGAAUCCUCUUGUGGUGUGGCCAAGACGAAGAGAUAUCUUCAAUUGCACAAAAAUUCCUUCUUUUCGCUAUCCCUGACCUCUUCCUCCUCUCUUUUCUUCACCCUCUUCGUGUUUACCUCCGAACACAAAACAUUACCUUGCCCGUGACUUACUCUAAGGCUGUGUCCGUUUUCCUUCACGUUCCCUUAAACUUUUUCCUUGUUGUGAAGCUAGAGAUGGGUGUAGCGGGAGUCGCAAUAGCUAUGGUCCUAACCAAUCUCAACCUCGUAGUCCUCUUAUCUUCCUUUGUGUAUUUCACGAGCGUGCAUAGUGAUACAUGGGUACCACUUUCUAUUGACUCUCUUAAAGGUUGGUCGUCAUUGCUCUCGCUUGCAAUACCCACUUGUGUUUCUGUUUGUUUGGAGUGGUGGUGGUACGAGUUCAUGAUCAUUUUGUGUGGACUUUUGGUCAACCCUAGAGCUACCGUUGCUUCCAUGGGAAUCUUGAUCCAAACAACAGCUUUAGUCUACGUCUUCCCAUCCUCUCUCAGCCUCGGUGUCUCCACUAGAAUCAGCAACGAGCUGGGGGCUAAACGCCCGGUGAAAGCUCGUGUAUCCAUGAUCAUUUCCCUCUUCUGCGCCACCGCCUUGGGCCUAAUGGCAAUGGUGUUCACCGUAAUGGUUAGGCACCGAUGGGGACGUUUGUUUACCACGGAUGCUGAGAUUCUUGAGCUUACUUCAAUUGCAUUGCCCAUCGCAGGUCUAUGUGAACUCGGGAACUGCCCUCAGACGACCGGUUGUGGAGUUUUGAGAGGCUGUGCAAGACCUACACUUGGUGCCAAUAUAAACUUGGGUUCUUUUUACUUUGUGGGCAUGCCAGUGGCUAUCCUGUUAGGGUUCGUUUUCAAACUAGGGUUUCCAGGUCUCUGGUUUGGCUUGCUUGCGGCUCAAGCGACAUGUGCUUCUCUCAUGUUGUUUGCACUCUUGAGAACAGAUUGGGCAGUCCAAGCAGAGAGAGCUGAAAGACUGACGUCAAAAACUCCUUCUCUACUCCCAAUCGCCAGGACAAAGAGCCAAUCUGCACCCGGUACAGAUGAUAUGAUGAUAACCAUAGAUUGAUAGCUAUUCUUUUGAGCCAUUUUUUCCUUCGUCGUUGACAUACAUGUGUUUUUGUAAAACAUCAUUUUUUGGAGUUUAUAUUACUCCUUUUUUUUUACCUUUUAACUUGUGAACAACUUUGUGUUGUGGGUUUUAUUGGUGUUUGUGUUAUAUAUGGUUGAAUACUUGAAUGGAUGUAAUAGUUUCUAGCUUUGACUUAAGCAGUUCGUACUGUAUUUGCUUAGCUUUUCUAGUAGAUAUUAUUAUUUUUUAGUCAAAAGCUUUUCUAGUAGAUAUUUAAUUUGUUUUCUUUACGUUAAGAAUAACUCAAAAUGAGAGAAAAAAAUGAAAAAGAACUCCACUACAGCUUCAAGACUAGGCCACUGAAAUCCGGAUGAAGACAAUACCAAUAUAUGUUGGUCUUGAUCAAAACUAUUCAAUCUCCAUUAUUUCGGAUAAAGUACAAAUUUUGCCGUUUUUUUUUAUAUUCUUGUAUUGUGGAAACUUUGCUAAUUUAACAAUCAAUUGUUUUCUUAAGGACAUGCAAUGUGAAUCUUUAUGAGUUUUUUUGGUUGUUCUAUGUUCCAUUAAGGGAAAUAUAUUCGCAACCAAAAAUGGAAAAAUGCCCUUUAAACCUUUAUCAUAUUGUCUGUCCCAAAGCCAUACGUUUAAUUUUAAUUGAAUUAACAUUUAUUUGAUUUUGUUUUCUUCCUUUGAGCGCGGAUCUACGUUGGCCAGGAUGGGUGCAGCUGCCCCCACUAAAACUUACAAGUAAAUUUAAUUUCAUUGGUUAUCUUGUAGCUUAGUUGGCUAAAGUUCUCUCUAUGCCCCCACCUAACCAAGGUUCUCAUCCCCCCUCGCCCACUUGUACACUGUUUUUAUAUAUUUUUUCCUUUCUUUAUUUUUUUCUGAUUUUCUUUUUUCCUUGCGUUAUAUUUCAUUUUUCACUUGAUGUUCUCUUCCUUCGAAUCUUUUCAGGUCAUUUGUUCUUUUCAUUCAAUUUUUUUUCCCUUUAUUAUUUCUUCUUUCAGUUAUAAUACUGUUUAGUUUAAUUUUUCUUUUAAAUGGUAUCUUUAUUAAAAGAUAUAAACACAUUCACGCAAAAUAUCAAAAGAAAAAUAUAUGCUCCUGUUCAAAAUAUUUUCUAGAUCCGCCGCUAAAAGAAUCUUUCUUUCACCUUGGCAC